CACACUUCCCAAGAUGAGCAACAACCCGAAAAAUAAAGAAAUAAAAUAAAAAAAAAGCAAAAGAAGGCGUCAACAAUGCAGAGGAUCGUAGUUUUUACAACAUUGCUUCUUGUAUCAUGUGUUCAUAAUGCACAUGCACGAGAGGCGCGUCACCAGGUGAGGCCGUGGAAGACAAACUGCAUGCUGGUGUUCGGAGACUCCACGGUGGACGCUGGGAACAACAACCGGCUGUCGACCACCUUCAAGGCCAACUUCUUGCCCUACGGCAAGGAUUUCUUCGACGGACGGCCCACCGGAAGGUUUUCUGAUGGGAGGCUUGCUUGUGACUUCAUUGCUGAAUUCUUUGGUAUUUCCACGAGCGUUCCAGCAUUCUUGGACCCCAAUCUCACUCCUGAACAGCUCAAACAUGGCGUCAGUUUCGGAUCAGCCUCUUCAGGAUAUGAUGAAUUAACCUCCACAAGUGCAGGUGUAAUAUCGAUGGCCAAACAAGUAGACUACUUGAAGCAUUACAAACUCCAUCUGAGAAAAUUAUUUGGUCCUGCAGAAGCACAAAAGAUUACUGAAGAUGCUAUUGUUGUGAUAAGUGCAGGCACCAAUGAUUUCAUCCAAAAUUACUACUUUUACGAUAACAGAUCGAAAGAAUUCACUGAGCCACAAUAUGAGGACUAUCUGGUCUCUCUUAUUUCUGAAUACAUCAAGGAAAUCAAUAAAUUAGGCCCGAAAAGAUUCACAGUUGUCGGAGUUCCACCAAUGGGAUGUCUACCUGUUGUUAAGACUCUUAUGAGUGCUGAAGAAUGUUAUGUGAAGCUCAACGAUGUUGCUAACUCCUUCAACUCUAAGAUUGCGAGGCAACUUCAUACUCUAAGGAAGCAAUUGAGUAUCAAAACUCAUUUCCUUGAUGUAUACCAAGUUUUUGAACAGGCCACUAAGCAUCCCAAGAAGUUUGGAUUUACAGAGACAACAAAGGGAUGUUGCGGAUCAGGAACGAUCGAGAUAGGAGAGACAUGCAAGGGCCAGACAACCUGCGAUGAUCCAACGAGGUUCAUGUACUGGGACGCCGUCCAUCCAACGCAGAAGAUGUACAAGAUCAUCGCCGAAGAAGCAGUUCAAAACAUCGGCGAUGCACUCCUUCUCUGAUGAUGAUCUCUAUAAAGUCCUAUUGGUGUUAGUGAUGUCUCUAGUUCUAUUUAGGCAGUUGGAGUCUUGUAGGAUUGCAAAAUGUUGCUGGUUCUUUGUGGGAUGUGUUUGGGUCAUGCAAACAAAUGUUUAUGCUAUGAUGGAACUUCAGUAUGCUAUUCUGCUGUACUCUCUCUUUGUUUCCUUUUAAAGAGACUACUUUCUCAA